GGGAGGCAUAUGUCUUUCGGAGAACACUAAAAUCCGUGUCCAGAGGACUCGCAGGAGACUUCAGAUAUGGAGCUAUCACAUGCCAAGCUGUGGAUAAGAAGAAAUCAAAUGUGCGAGUGAAGUUUAUUUUUCGGAUGUGGUGGCAACUUUGACAAAGAUCAGAGACUUUGCUGCUCGUGCUCCUAAUUGUUUGACUAUCUGGAGACGGAGGGUGUGGUACCAAACUCCGACCUCAUCUGCUGGUGAGAGAGCUCCUUCUUUGGCCACCAAAUAUCUUUUUCUACUUGGAUCUCAUUGGAUGUGUUGAUAAGACCUAGAGGAAGAGUUACCAGACUUCCCAUGGAUCCAAACAUCCAGGGGUCUUUCCUGUUUAACAACAGCCUCAACCAGUUCCCCUCAGACAUCAAGGCACCAGUGUGCCAGUACUCAAUGCCCAACUCCUUCUACAAGCUCAGCCCGGGCCUGAACAGCCAGCUGCAGCCAGGGACGCCUCAUGGCAUCAGUGACAUCCUGAGCCGCUCCAUGGUCGGGGUGGGCUCCUCGGGCACCACCACCCUGCUGCCCGGAUACUCCAGCAUGGGGGGGUUCAGCCCCUCUGUCACCAGCACUUCCAUGUACUACAAUCGAGACUACAAUUCCUCACUGGGCGGCUUCUCCAAACCCGGCGCCGAGUGCCCGAUGAAGAGUCGCAGUGUAAACUGCUGGGCAGAAAGCAGCUGUGAGUGGAGAGGAGGGAGGCAGCAGUGCACCAACAGCAGUGGUCCUCUUGGGGAGAUGUCCAGCAGGAAAAAACACACCAGACCGACAUUUAGUGGACAUCAGAUAUUUGCUCUGGAGAAAACUUUUGAGCAGACAAAGUAUUUGGCAGGGCCAGAGAGAGCGAGACUGGCUUAUUCUCUGGGAAUGACUGAAUCACAAGUCAAGGUUUGGUUUCAGAACCGGCGCACCAAGUGGAGGAAGAAGAGCGCCUCUGAGCCCAGCUCCACACAGACCAACCACUCGGGGCCGGCCGGAGAGGCCUCGGAGAAUGAGGUGGAGGACGAGGAGUACAACAAGCCUCUAGACCCCGACUCUGACGACGAUAAGAUCCGAUUGCUGCUGCGCAAACACCGCAGGGCUUUCUCUGUCCUUCGCCUCGGGCCGCACCACAUCUGAUGCACUUCCUGCAGGUUAUAGGCUACACAGGCACACACAGAGACACACGUACAGGCAUAAAACUCUCUCAGCACAUAUGCAUGCUGUAAUAAAUUUCAAACAAUACGUUUA